AUGUGUGUUGAGUCUGGGGUUUGCGAAGUCUUCAGUUUCUUCGCCAACUCCCACCAGUGUUUUUUGCAAGGGGGAAACUUGAGGGCGGUCCACAAUGAGGAUGCUGUGUCUGGCCCUGCCAAGUGUCCUUCCAUUCCCCAUGUCCGUGCCCGUGCCUGGGCUGACCAGUUGCCAGGAGAAAUUGCCGCAGAGUCCAAAGCAGCCAUGGAUGCAAUUGAGAAAGUUCCGGCACCGUAUUUGAUUUUGGCGUGCCUUCUGAUGCUGGUGCUGAUGGUAUUUUGCAUUAUGCGUUGCUGUCGCUCACAGGGGAAAGGCAAGAAGCCAGCUGGGAAAUGGCACAAACAGGCUCUCUACUUGCCUAUCGCUGAAGAUGAGGACGACCAGGGCAUCUCAGCACCAGGAGCCCGAGAGGUCAGAAGCAGGACUGAGGAAGCUGGCUCUGAAGUGGUGCAAGGUGCACAAGCCCCCUGGUCACCUCCUGAUGCCUUCGGCUUUCACGGUCCAGAAAAGCUGUCUUGGAGGCAGCCAGGUGCGCAGGCUCUUUGA